UGAGGAGAGAGAGGGAGGAGUGUGUGGAGAGUGAGGGGAGAGUGAGCUCAUAUAACGAGUUACAGUGAAGUCGUCUUCUUAUUUCCGCAUACCCCUGGGCUCCUCCUCGAGUGCAUGUCGGCGGAGGCGAGCUGAGGUGAGCGGGAGGAGGGGGAUGGAGUCUGUGACGACGCGCGUUGCUGUCACGUGGUUGCUGCUCAUGGCGUGCGCCCCUCCUUGCUCAGGUUCUGGGUCUCCCCCGGUCCCCACAAACCUUUCCUUUGUCUCUGUCAACUUCAAGACGCUGCUGGAGUGGCAAGUGGAGGACACGGGCAUCCCCGUCACGUUCGACGUGGAGCUAUUGGGUGCAACGUGGCCGACCUGGAAGCAGAAGGCAGAGUGCACGGACUCGAUAGAAACGACCUGUGACCUCACGAGCAUCAUGGCCGAUCCGCGCUUGUCAUACCGCGCUCGUGUGCGUGCCAUCCCGGGCGGUUCCAGCGCAGUGCACACCGUACCCUGGGUCAUGUCGCCCUCCUUCGUGCCCUACGACGACACUGAGCUUGGGAAGCCACAGUUCGAGGCAGUCGGGCGGAAUGGGAGCAUCCAGCUGAAGGUUGCAGACCUGAUCACGCCCUACUUCAACAUUGACGGCAGCCACAAGACCAUGGGCGACAUCUACACGGGAGACCUCCGCUACCACCUCACCUACUGGAAAGACGGCAGCAGCGGACGGAAGGAAUACCAGUCGCGCCAGGCCGCCUUCAUGCUGACGGGGCUGGAUGAGGGCGAGCUGUACUGCUUCCACGUGCAGCUGCUGGUGGACGUUGACAACGCUGAGCGCCGUGGGGAGGAGAGCGACGUGAAGUGUGCACGCUCGGGGCUCGCAAAGCCCGACUACGCGUGGAUAUUCCUGGUGGCGGCUGGCAUCGCCGCCCUCAUCAUCGGCGUCGCCCUCAUCGUCCUCAUCGUGUGGCUCUGCCACCGCUGCCGCCAGCAACGCAAGUCGGAGCGGAACGGGACGGUCGUCUCGUACACGGCUGCCGCCGCCCAGAGGGAUUAACCGGGGACUGCCCCCCCCCCCUUGACCACCACCUCUGACUGACCCCCCCAAGAAACCAAGCAGGAGUGACUCAAGGACCCAUCCAGUGCCCAUGCAAGAACACAAAAGAGACUGUGAAUGCACACACGACACUGUGAAGGUGUGGAUGAUGGCGACGACGACGAUGAUGAUGUAAUGAAUUCUGGUGAUGAGGAUGAUGAAAUUUAAGAUGAUGCCGUUAACAGUGAAUGACCAUGAUGAUGAAAGACUAUGAUCAUGAUUAUAAGAUGGUGAUGGUAAAGAUGAUGGAAACGACCAUGCAGGUGGCUGCAUCGACUCCCUUCAAUCACCAUAAUCAAAAAACCCAAAUCCACUAAAAUGUAGUCUGAAGACACGUGACAUUGGCUCACGUGCAAAGAGAUAUCUUGAUAAAAGUGAACGGCGGUUACUUUCACUGAUCAGUGUCCGUGGAAGGGGCACAUUUUGGCUCCGAGCUGCCACUGUUCCCACUGGCCCGGGACAUGAGACUUUAGUGGGGCUGGUUUUUUUAAUUUAGGCUGUGGACUGAGUUGAACACUGUACUAAAUUUGGGUCUGGGCAAGUGGCUCACCUUGGCUCUUAGCCGAACAUUUGACGUGAGCUUAACGCUAAAACUGACCUAGGUACCGGUUGUGUGUGCGCAUGUGUGCUGUACAUGCAUGUGUACAGGUCUUUGUGGGGUGUAUUUACAGUAAAUGUCUAUUUAUGUAUAUCUCUGUGUACAAGUGUGUGUGCGUGUGUACAUGUAUCUGUGUGUAGGUCACAUGUAUGUGUGAAUGCAUGGACAGGCGACACAAUUUAACUGGGUUCGAUAUCUGGACAUGAAUAACAUCUCUUACCAGGAAUCUGAACCUGUCGUGUACCUCGGUUAGGUCGACUCAGCCUUAAAUGAAUACCUGACAUGGGGGUGUAAAUAUUAGUACUUGCAGUUAGUUGCGGAUCGCAAUGACCACACCACCCCUUCGUGCACCAUUCCGGUCUUAAUAGGUGCUCGCAAACAACAUUUACUGCAAAAGUCUGAGCCUGCAAUUGAGAUGGUGCUGUUUGUCCAAUAUUGAAUUUACACUCCUGACAGAAGAUUGAUGAAUCUUAGAAUUUAACAAAAAAACACACUUUCCGAGCGGCGAACGGAACAAUGAGAAAAAUGACCUCGGCCACUGUGGCUUCCUCCAAGCACCCGGAGCAGGGAAAGAAAAAUAUCUCCGUAUUUAU